ACUCGUAAAGGGAAAUUCUUCGUCCACAAGAAAUCUCUUUCUUCAAUUUAGGGUUUUAACUCUGCACUGACGAGGGCUUCUUCUUCGAUUCACACUUCUCUCUAAUCCGUCUCUAACAAGCUGCAAAAUUGAAGAUCAAUUUGUUCAUCUUCAAAUCCAAUUGAAGAAAUGGAAGGUGAACGCAAUUUAGAGGCAGCCAUAGAGCAGCUGCUCAAUGUCGAGAAGCAGAUGCGUCUCGCCGGAGAUGUGGCCGGCACCAAGAAGGCCGCCACUGACAUUUUACAGCUUUGCUUUGAAGCGAAAGCUUGGAGGACUCUCAAUGACCAGAUUGUCCUCUUAUCCAAACGCCGUGGACAACUCAAACAGGCUGUAACUGCUAUGGUUCAACAAGCAAUGCAAUACAUUGAUGAAACACCGGACAUUGAGACCAAAAUAGAGCUUAUCAAGACACUUAACAGUGUGUCUGCAGGAAAGAUAUACGUGGAAAUUGAGAGAGCCCGGUUAAUCAAGAAAUUGGCAAAAAUCAAAGAAGAACAGGGACUUAUUGCAGAAGCUGCUGACUUGAUGCAAGAAAUUGCUGUGGAAACUUUUGGUGCCAUGGCUAAAACUGAAAAAAUUGCCUUCAUUCUUGAACAAGUUCGUCUGUGUUUAGACCGUCAGGAUUAUGUUCGUGCUCAGAUUCUAUCAAGGAAAAUCAGUCCAAGAGUUUUUGACGCCGAUCCUACAAAGGAGAAGAAGAAACCUAAAGAAGGUGACAAUAUUGUUGAGGAGGCUCCAGCUGAUAUCCCAUCAUUAAUGGAGUUGAAGCGUAUUUACUAUGAAUUGAUGAUCAGGUAUUAUUCCCACCAGAAGGAUUACCUUGAAAUUUGUCGCUGCUACAAAUCAAUAUAUGACAUUCCGUCUGUCAAGGAAAACUCGGCUCACUGGAUACCAGUCCUGAGGAAAAUAUGUUGGUACCUAGUUCUGUCACCACACGAUCCCAUGCAGUCGAGCCUUCUUAAUUCUAUCUUGGAAGAUAAAAACCUUUCAGAGAUUCCAAAUUUCAGAUUGUUGUUGAAACAGCUAGUUACUAUGGAGGUCAUCCAAUGGACGGCUUUAUGGAAUGAUUACAAGGAUGAGUUUGAGAAUGAGAAGAAUUUGUUAGGUGGCUCUUUGGUUGAGAAGGCUGCAGAAGAUCUUAAACAAAGGAUAAUCGAGCAUAAUAUUCUCGUUGUGUCGAAAUACUACUCAAGGAUUACAUUGAAGAGACUUGCAGAGCUUCUGUGUCUCAACCUCCAGGAAGCAGAGAAGCAUCUGUCUGAAAUGGUCGUUUCCAAAGCUUUAGUGGCGAAGAUCGACAGGCCGAUGGGGAUUGUCAGCUUCCAGACAUCGAAGGACAGCAAUGACAUUCUCAAUUCAUGGGCAAUGAACUUGGAGAAACUGCUGGAUCUUGUUGAAAAGAGCUGUCACCAAAUACACAAGGAGACCAUGGUUCAUAAAGCUGCUCUAAAAGUUUGAGAAGGAGCCACGGUUCAUUGGCCGUAUUUUAAUAUACACACCUGGGAUUAAAGAUGAAUUUAAACCAAACCGAAUCGGGAAUUUCACGGUUUUUUAUGUUUACGAAUGUUUGGUGCAGUUCGACCAGAAUUUGGCAUCAUCGGCUGUUCUGCCAAACAGAUCCAUGAAGAAUUUGUCCAGAUUUUACGAUGUGGAUUGUUUUGAUGGUAAGGAGCAAAACUUGUUAUUAGAAUUGGAAGUAAAGAUUGUUGUAUAAUACCGACUAGAAAUCGGAACCGACCUUUUCUUAUUCUUGUAUCGUCGGGCAUUAAAUCGCCUUGGGUAGUCUCAGUUCUUAGGGAUUUGUUUGCUACGUUCAUUCAGCUACCAUUUUAUCCAGUUUAGGCGUGUAUGCCUAUUUCAA